GAGCGCGCCGGCCCUAGACUGGAGUAGGUCGAGCGCGGGAUCCGACGCUGUAAGCCCAGAGCCACGGGAUCGCCGGCCGCACAGGACGCGGACUGUCACUGUGGACGCGCCGAGCUCACCAACCGGGGACACCGGCCUCUGGGGAGCAUCAGGCCUUUUCCUCCGGACUCCACGGCUCCCGAUCCCGGGUGAACAGCAUUCGGGGCGGAGGGCGAUGUCUGCGGGAACCCACCGCGGUCCUCGGGGGAACCGGGCGCCUCCGUUCGCGUGUCUCUGUUGCGUCUCGGCCGCCCUGGGGAUGCUGUGGUCCCCCACGACGCUGGCGUUCAACUUGGAUGUGGACAAGCUAACGGUAUACACUGGCCCCGAGAACAGCUACUUCGGCUAUUCACUGGACUUCUACAUACCUGAUAUGCGCACAGCCAGCGUCUUGGUGGGGGCGCCCAAAGCCAACACUAGCCAGCCGGAUAUCGUGGAAGGGGGAGCUGUCUACUACUGUCCCUGGCCCGCAGAGGGAUCUGCACAAUGCAAGCAGAUACCGUUUGACACCACCAACAACAGGAAAAUCAGAGUUAAUGGAACCAAGGAACCUAUAGAGUUUAAAUCAAACCAAUGGUUUGGAGCAACAGUGAGAGCUCACAAAGGAAAAGUCGUGGCCUGUGCCCCUUUGUAUCACUGGAGAACUCUGAAACCUAACCCAGCAAAGGACCCUGUUGGCACAUGCUAUGUAGCGAUUCAGAACUUCAGUGCUUAUGCUGAGCACUCUCCUUGCCGCAACAGCAAUGCUGAUCCUGAGGGCCAAGGUUACUGCCAAGCAGGCUUUAGUCUGGACUUCUAUAAGAAUGGAGACCUCAUAGUGGGAGGACCCGGAAGCUUUUAUUGGCAAGGUCAGGUGAUCACUGCCAGCAUAGCCGAUAUCAUAGCAAAUUACUCAUUUAAGGAUAUUCUAAGAAAGCUGACAGGAGAAAAGCAAACAGAUGUGGCUCCAGCUUCCUACGAUGACAGCUACCUUGGCUAUUCAGUUGCUGCUGGAGAAUUCACUGGGGACUCUCAGCAAGAAUUGGUUGCUGGGAUUCCAAGAGGAGCGCAGAACUUUGGAUACGUCUCCAUCAUUAACUCCACAGAUAUGACCUUCAUUCAGAAUUUUACUGGUGAGCAGAUGGCAUCUUAUUUCGGAUACACAGUGGUGGUAUCAGAUGUUAACAAUGAUGGAAUGGACGACAUUUUGAUCGGGGCACCCCUCUUUAUGGACCGUGAAUUUGAAAGUAACCCUAGAGAAGUAGGGCAGGUCUACCUGUACCUACAAGAGAGUGCCCUCCUCUUCCAAGACCCACAGGUCCUCACCGGCACAGAGACUUUUGGGAGAUUUGGUAGCGCUGUGGCCCACUUGGGGGACCUGAACCAAGAUGGAUACAACGACAUCGCCAUCGGCGUGCCCUUUGCAGGCAAGGACCAAAGAGGUGAAGUGCUCAUUUACAAUGGCAACCCCAAAGGCUUACACACCAAGCCUUCCCAAGUUCUGCAGGGAAUGUGGGACUCACACACCAUCCCUUCUGGCUUUGGCUUUUCUCUAAGAGGAGAUGCAGACAUAGACAAGAAUGAUUACCCAGAUUUACUUGUAGGAGCAUUUGGAAAGGGGAAAGUGGCUGUCUACAGAGCAAGGCCAGUUGUAACAGUGGAUGCCCGGCUCCUGCUACACCCGAUGAUUAUCAACCUUGAAAAUAAAACCUGCCAGCUUCCAGAAUUCCCAACACCUGUAGCCUGCUUUUCUCUAAGAGUCUGUGCGUCUAUAACAGGCCAGAGCAUUUCAGAUACAAUAGCUCUGGUGGCUGAGGUGCAGCUAGAUUUCCUGAAGCAAAAAGGAGCCAUCAAGCGGACUCUCUUCCUCCAUAACCACCAGCCCCAUCUCACGUUCCCCUUCGUGAUAAGGCAACAGAGAUCCCUCCACUGCCAGGAUUUCAGCGUUUACCUUCGAGAUGAAACUGAAUUCCGAGAUAAAUUAUCUCCAAUCAACAUUAGCCUGAACUACAGUUUGGAUGAUUCCACCUUUACAGAUGGCCUGGAAGUGAAACCCAUUUUGAAUCACUACAGGGACAACGUAGUUACUGAGCAGGCUCACAUCCUGGUGGACUGUGGAGAAGACAAUCUCUGUGUCCCCGACUUGAAGCUGUCAGCUAGACCAGAUAAACAUCAGAUAAUUAUCGGGGAUGAAAAUCACCUUAUGCUCAUAAUAAAUGCAAGAAAUGAAGGAGAAGGAGCCUACGAAGCUGAACUCUUCGUUAUGAUCCCUGAGGAAGCAGAUUAUGUUGGGAUUGAGCGCAAUAGCAAGGGACUGAGGCCGCUGAGCUGUGAAUACAAGAUGGAAAAUGUGACCAGGAUGGUGGUGUGUGACCUUGGGAACCCAAUGGUGGCUGGCACAAACUUUUCUCUGGGCCUCCGAUUUGCUGUUCCUCGUCUUGAGAAAACAAAUACGAGCAUUAACUUCGAUCUCCAAGUCAGAAGCUCCAACAAGGACAAUCCAGACAGCAAUUUUGUGAGUCUGCGAAUCAACAUCACCGCUGUCGCUCAAGUAGAAAUAAGAGGAGUGUCCCACCCUCCGCAGAUUGUUCUGCCCAUCCACAACUGGGAACCAGAAAAGGAGCCCCACAAGGAGGAGGAAGUCGGUCCUUUGGUGGAACAUAUUUAUGAGCUGCACAAUAUCGGACCCAGCACCAUCAGUGACACCAUUCUGGAAGUGGGCUGGCCAUUCUCGGCACGAGAUGAGUUUCUCCUCUAUAUUUUUCAUCUUCAAACUCUGGGGCCUCUGCGAUGUCAAACAAACCCUGAAAUCAACCCACAGGAUAUAAAGCCGGCUGCCUCCCCAGAGGACACCCCUGAGCUCAGCGCCUUCUUGAGAAACGCUACAAUUCCUCAUCUUGUCAGGAAGAGGGAUGUGCCAGUGGUCCAGCUCCACAGACAGAGCCCUGCAAAAAUACUGAACUGUACAAACAUUGAGUGCUUGCAAAUCUCUUGUGCAGUGGGACGACUGGGAGGAGGAGAGAGUGCAGUCCUGAAAGUCAGGUCGAGACUGUGGGCCCACACGUUCCUCCAGAGAAAGAAUGAUCCCUAUGCUCUUGCAUCCCUGGUGUCCUUUGCAGUGAGGAAGAUGCCCUAUAAAGACCAGCCAGCGACACUCCCCACCGGGAGUAUAGCAAUUAAGACGUCGGUCAUCUGGGCCACUCCGAAUGUGUCCUUCUCAAUUCCACUGUGGGUCAUAAUACUAGCAAUCCUUCUUGGCUUGCUGGUUCUGGCCAUCUUAACUUUAGCUUUAUGGAAGUGUGGCUUCUUUGAUAGAGCAAGACCGCCUCAGGAUGAAAUGACAGACAGGGAACAACUGACCAGCGACAAGACACCGGAGGCAUGACUUGGAAACAUGAAGCCCUAAAAUUCAAACACUGGUCCUGUUCAAAGAAAGAAGGGACAUGACUGCAAAAUGAUCAGAGCCUUCCUACGUGCCAGUGACCUAGGGAAUGGAAGGUGCCUAAGGAUCACCUUGUCUGCUCCACGCAUGGGCACGGAACACAGAGAACCCUGUGGGAAAAGAAACCCCCAACACUGUAGAAACAACCAGCAGUUGUGACAAUUCCUGUUGCUUUCACCAUUUCACAUCUGGCUGAGAGUUUGGAAUGGCUGUGGAAACUCAGACGGCUGUCAAAUCAGCCCAAUGUGACUUUCAAAACUGAUUCCUACAGAGAUAAGAUGAACUAAGGUUAAACACUACUGUAACCCAAUGGACUCUCUGACACCUCCCUACAGAAGAGCAGCCUUUCUAAGGAUGCAAUGGCUCAGGGAGACAAGCAAUGUGUUGUCAGGACUGUGAAAGUACUUGUGGAACAACAGAGAUCAUUUAGUUAAGUGAGAACAAAAAAAAAAUGUAUUUAUUUAUUUUCCAUUUCUCUAAGUAGAGAAUCAGGCCAUCUAGAGGAUAUCAAAAUUAAGAUUUAGUUGGCUAGAUUUCAACAUCAUUCCACUUAUUUCUUCUUGAGACAACUACUCCGUGAAGAUAACAUGUUUAAUUGGGCUUCUUAGUGUGUUAGAUGGUGUUACACACACAUUGGUAUUAGGGGUCAGUUUUGCUAAUAUCUUGCUGCCUGCUACCUGGAGUUACCUUUCUUCGUGCUCUAGAGGAACUCACAUCUGCAUAAUUCAACACAAAAUUUUGUAUUUAUAGUUCUUUUUGUACAUGUAAAAAACUAUUUCCACUGAUUUCUUUAAAGAAUUCAUUUCAAGGUACUCACUACCCUGAUGGUGUUUGAAAGUACGGGCGCAAGUUGUAGAGUCCAUAUAAAAAGCAAUUUAGCAAUAUUGGUGAAUCUUAUUUUAAUAGUUUACACACCAUUAUUUAGCUUGGGAUCUACACACCUGCUUUUGUUGUAAUAUCUCAUGCCUAUAAAAAAGAGAAAAUGUGUUGAGUAUAAAUCAGAUGGAGAUAUAUGUAGUUAUACAUGUGUGAGGCAAACGGAAACUCACUCCUAAGGACCUAACAAUAUUUUUAAAGCUUCAUUACCCACUCCUUACUAUUAAUCUUCCCUAGAAUGUAAUCUUUGAAAAUAAUCUUCUAUACUUAAGCUAUUUUACCAUCAUCUUUACUUAGUCAUCCAGAAAAUGUUGCUUAAAUCUCUUGUAAACAAUCCAUGAUCAUUUGUAAUGUCACCAUUUUGAAGUAAUAUUGACCAGCCAAAUGCGUAUGAUGAUCUGCACAAUUUUAUAUCCUUUAUAUACUAAUGAAAAAUUGCUAUGGAGAAAUGCUGAACAAAAUUUUAUGUGCAAUAUAUAAAAGACCUAUGUAUCUGAGGAAUGUUUACACUGGCAUUAGUUUUUUUUAAUUAAUAUCCUGAAUACGAAGUCUGAUACAACAAGCUGACCAAAAUCCUAACCUUUACAGAGCAGUCUUGAAAAUCUGUGUCUCAAUUUCAGCAAUGACACUUUGUUUGAAAGAUGAGCCAAACUCACAGACAGUAAAUUUUAUGUGGUACCUUAACCUGGCAAGGAGCCACUUGGCUUCAAUUGCCAAAGUUCCUUGGAAAGCAAGUGGAAGACACAGAGACAAAUAUCGUUGCUGUUCAUCAUCCCCUGCUUGUCAAUUAAAUCUGUCCCGGUAGCUGGUUCAUGUCUGUCAGGAGCCCACAUCUAGCUCCCAGUCUGUGUGAUUAGUGUAUGGGCAGCAUUGCACUUACCUCAACGAGUUUUGAGAGUUCCAUACCAGCCUCUGCAGUUGUCGUCACUGUUCGUCUUUUUGGUAGAACCAGUUUCAUAGGCAGACAGCCAUCUAUAUGAUAUAAUUUGAGGGAUGACAAACAGCUCUCUCUACACUACAUAAUGACUUAACUUUUGUCAUUCCUGAUGUGGGACCAAUGAAGGAACUCAGAGAACUCUUAGAGCUAAAUAUCGGGUUUGGGGGAGACAGUUUAUACAGCCUAAUGGGAGAAACUAGACAUGUCAGGGGGAAGAUGGGACCAACACAGGAAAAGAUAUGGGGAUAUCAAACGGAAAACAUGGCUUCCCGUUGUGUCCACUGUAGAAGUACACAGCGGGUUGUCAUCCACUUGCACACAGAAAACUGAGGUCAGGGGAAGCCUCCGGUGGGGUGUUCUGAAACACACCAACCUCACAGAGAACACUAGUAUACAACAAUGCUCACAACAUUGCUGAGUCCUUCAUAACUCGUGUGCUGGGCUUCACCAGGAGCUUAUGGGUGUUUCUCUUCAUUAAGUUCUUUUUUCUAGUUCUUGCAGCUGUUUUCUUUUAUAUCUAAGACAUGGGGAAAUGAGCAGAUUUUGUAAACUUGGAGAAUUUUAUACAGUAAAGUAAUAAUGUUCUAGUCAUCACUGAAAUCCAAAUCUUAGAACUCUUGUCUUAUUUAAAUACGUGUGUAGAGACAGUGGAGAUGUUCAUGUACCUGUUUGCAUUGUCACCAAUAAAAUUAAAAAUUAA